AUGCCUGUUGGCACUUCGAGGAUUGCCGCCAUUCCGAGUGGUUUGCCCAGCCCGCUGGGUAUCGUAUCUGAGGACGGUCAAGAAUCUUCACUCAUCCCACACGUCCCUCGCCCGUCCCCAGUCGGGUCCGUUCGGUCCGCCUUCUCCCAUCGGUUUGAUGGCCGCACCGCGCUCGUUCUAGCCAACUCGACCUUGACGCCUGUCACUCGCUAUAUCGAACCAUCCGUGUCGCCGCACCGCAGCGCGGCAAAGAUGAUCCUCUCUCUCGCCUCGAGGACCGCCGCGCCCUCGUCCUCUUCCUCGACUGACCCCGUGGCCGACGACUCGACCGCCACAUCCCCCGGGUCCACCAGCACACGGACUCUCAUCAUCACCUCCACCGUCCUCGGAACCGCGUUUUUUCUCGCCAUCGCCGUCGCGGCGUAUUUCGUCGUUACACGCAACCGGAGGAGGCAGUCCGCCGAGGAUUACAAGAAUGCGUGCCUGCGCAACCCGGACCUCACCUGGGAAGAGUACACGCGGCGCACGAGGCUUACCCAGUCGCGCAUCAUCCUCGCCGAGGAGGAGCUGAGGGACACCAUCAUCCGCAAGUCCCUGCAGGCCCGGACGUCCAUCACCGUGAGCACGGUCGCCCCCGGCAGCCCCGACACAGAACCCCCCGUCUCGCCGCCGCCCCGCACGCGCUCCAGGAUCUGGCACGGCCGCAACAGGUCGAAGUCGAGCAUCGAAGCGGAAGAGGGCGAGGGGCUGCUGAUGUCCGUCCGCAGCGACUGGGACCAGCACGAAGCCCGCGUCGAGAAGACGUGGGAGCUGCUUCACAAGAAGUACCCGACACGGCGGGUGACGUUGCCCGUCGAAGAGGACUAUGGCGGCCCCGUUCGCCCGCCCACUAUACGCCUGAAGACGCCGCCUCUUCUCUCGCAUCCCAUGUUUAGGGGCUGGACCGCCGAAGUCCCGGCGAGACAGAGCAGUCUGCCGACGGAGCUGGCCCGGAUGAAGCCGGCGCAGAUCUGA